GUAUAUAUAAAGCAAAGGAUCGUCGGUUUUAGGAGGUAGUUCCGCCGCAGACGCUAGCUAACCUUACAGUCUUUUUUCGGUUUGCGAAUUUCGCCGCUAGAAUGCUACGUCACGUGGUCCAGUUGGCUGUGGUCUUGGCCGUUGUGUGCCUGUGCGUGGCCCUCCCUCAGGCCCAAACCCAGGGCCGCCAAGGACAGGGCCAAAACAGGUUCUUCUUAGGCAACCUCCUCGGUGCCGCUCAGGGUGCUUUCCAGGGCGCUGUGUCUGGCUUCGCAAAUCCUUAUGGCGGUUAUGGUGGUUAUGGUGGUUAUUACAACAACUUCAACAGGCCCUAUUACAACCCAUACAAUAACUUCAACUACAACCCAUAUGGUUACAACUACUAUGGAUAAGGAGUGCACGGUGACCCGUACCUCUCGCUGAAGCUUUGUUCUGUGUUUUUACUUUCAAUAUAACUGAAUUGUAUCUUAAGACCAUUUGUCCACACAAACAUUUAUGAUGGUGAAAUCUAAAUCGUAAACUGAUCUAUGUAAUUAAUAAAGUUCAUGAUACAAUUA